UUCUCUCUACUGAACUUUGUUAUCUCUGAACUAUGUCACAUGUGACAUGCCUGCCAUCCAUCACUUUAGUGAAGAUUUCGUCAGUAUUUGUCACAUUCACAGGUGAAUACAUCAUCUGUUUAACUUGCAACUGUUUUGGCUGGUUGGAUGGUUGGCUGGACAUGGAAAUAGAGAGCGCUAACUGUAAACAUCGCGUGUCAGAGUGCACGGACUACAACCAACUAAAUAUAGAAAGACCUUUGAAAAUUGUACACGAUAUCGAUGGGUUGGAGACUCUUGUGUCUGAACUUCAUAAAGUAUUUUCAAAAAACUACGUCAAUAUCCAGGAGGUCCAGAAGUUGAUGUCUUCUUACAAGUCAGAUCCAAAGCACUGGAAAAAAUACGCAAAAUUCGAUCGCUUCCGAUAUACGAGAAAUUUGGUUGACGCUGGCAAUGGCGCCUUCAAUAUAAUGAUUCUGUGCUGGGGUCCAGGUCACGCGUCAGCUAUACAUGACCACGCUGAUUCCCAUUGCUUCAUGAAGCUGCUCAGUGGAAGCCUAGACGAAGUUAGAUAUGAUUGGCCCAACAACGUUGAACCGGAAGUCAUGAAGAAAUUGAAGAAACCCACGAGAAGGUGCUGUUCCGAGAGCGAAGACAGUGUUAUAAAUAAAAUAAAAAACUUAGACAUAACCAGUGAUUGUGACAAUUGCAACCAAAAAGAUAAGAGCGAGAAUGGGAAGUGCACAGACUAUGAAGAAGAGACGGGAUAUGAUGCUCAGGAGAUGGAAGAGAUUGGAAGAACGCGUCUGGACAUAGAUGACGUUUGUUACAUUAACGAUGCCCUCGGACUUCAUCGAAUGGAAAACCCGUCUCAUGUGGAUGGAGCGGUAUCUCUGCAUCUCUACUGCCCUCCGUUCAAUAGCUGUAGGGUGUUCGAUUCCCGGACAGGCAAACCGACAGAGGUCAAAGUCACCUUUUGGUCCAUGUAUGGAAAAAAAAUGAAAAGGGUAAUUGAAUCAGAUCCGGCAGAUCAAGAGUAAAAUAUAUAUGAGAUUAUUUUACAUAUUGUCUUUAAAAAUAUUUAUUUUUACUAUAAAAUUCGUUGGGUCCAAAAUAAUUGAUAUAAUUUUGUUAUAUAUAAUGUCUAGGGAGACUCGGUGUGCUCAAACAAUUACCUGCAUUAUCACCCUGAUAUGGACGACAAUAAAUAAAAUAAAUACUUUGUAAUGAAAACAGUAGAAAAACAUAUAAUACUGGGUGUAGGCAAUAUUAUAUUUUAUAUAUAAAUUGUAUUACAGAAGUCAAAGAUGAAUUGAGUUAUAGUUAUAAUCUUAUACCUACAAUUUUACGCAAUUGUAAAUUUAUUUAAGACAAAAAAAAAUUCAAAUGUAUAUUUUUAUUUGCAAAAAAAUUUAUACGAGAAUAAUAAACAGAAAUACAAAUAAUCUUUACGAAGAAUAUUUCUGUUUGAAAUGGAUUAUUAUUUAUAUUAAUAAAGAUAUUUUUAGACAA